AUGGCACUCAUCCAGACUUCCCUCAUCUGGGUCGCAUACGCUGUCGCACUUGCAAUCCUGCUAGUCGUGGCAUCCAUCUUCGUCUACCUUUACCAGGCCNCUCGCGAACGCUCUGCCGUCGUCUCAAUCGUCUGCAUUGUCACCGUACUGUCUCUCCUGGCUACCGUCCUGCUGCUGCCCGUCGAUGUCGCCCUGGUAUCCUCGACUACCUCGUCCAAGCUCGGCAGAAAGAAAGACUGGGCUACUCCUGAUGCUGUUGACAACAUCUUGUUCCAGCUCAAGAUCGUCUACUACACCCUUUACAGCCUGGACGCCGUCUUGUGUCUGAUCGUCGUUCCCUUCACCUACUUCUGGUACGAGGAACACGAUGAAGUAGCUGCUGAGGAGGGCACCCAGACUGCCGCUGGCCGUCUCUGGGGUGCUUUCAAGUACACAACCGCCUUUAUCCUGUUCGUCGUCAUCAUCUUCCUCGUAGGCUUCUUCAUACCUGUCGCCAAGAAUAGGCCGCAGAAGCAUCUCGACCUCGACUUCUUCAAGGAUCUCCUGGCUGAGAACCGUAAGUUCGUUCUUUCCCCUACCAGCGACCCGACCACUGACUCGUUACAGAUGNGCGAGCGUGCCUUGACCUUCUGCGUUGGUCUUCUCUUGACCCUCGGAACCCUCCUCUACUGCAUCUACACAGCUCCUGGCCUGGCUCUCCUUCCCCUCACUCUGAUCAAGACCGCUCCUCGCGUCUCUGCUCCCACCUUGGCUGCCAACACAUUUUCUCAGCUGACGCAAAACCGUGAGCGUCAAAGACAACUCGAGAACCGCAACGAGGGCCGUGACAGCGGUCUCGACACUCGUGACCGUCGUGAACUCGAAGCUCUUAUCCGCGAAGAACGCACUCUUGUUCGUCGCGAGCGUCUUGCUGCCGAAGAUAUGGGCGAGGGUCAGAACUUCUUCAUCCGUGUCUGGCUCAAGACAGAGGCCGUCUUCAGACCCCUGAAGCUUCUCGGUGGGCUUUUGCUAAUCGUCAUCGUCCUCAUCGUCUGGGCCAGCAUGCUGGUCACCGGUGUUGACAAGAUCAAGAACUCGGUGUGCAAGACUGGUUGUGGUUACUUGCUUGGCCACAACAAGAUCUUCCAGCCCAUCAACUGGCUCUUUGUUGUUACCUCCAAGGUCUUCCCUAUCGACUAUGUCAUCUUCCUCCUCCUGACUCUUCUCUUCUUCGCUGGGUCUGUUGUUGGUGUUGCCACUAUUGGCAUCCGCUUCUUGUGGGUCAGUUUGUUCAAGAUUCGCAAGGGCCACACCGCUCCCCAAGCUCUUCUUAUGGGUACGGUUCUGCUCACCUUGAUCGUCUUCGCCAUCAACUAUGCUGUCGCCAUGAUGGUCGCUCCUCAAUAUGCCACCUUUGGUCCCCAGACCUACUGUGACAGACCUACUCAUCAUCCCGAUGCUCAGCCUGACUGCAGCAACCACCACAAGGCCAUCCGUUCUUGUCGCGAGGCUGCUGACAACCCUGUCGCUCGUAUGGUCUGCACACCUUCAGUUGUCAGCUCCUUCCUGAACCGCAUCACCAUCAACUUCNCCUUCUUUGGACUCGUCGACUUCUGGGCUCAAUUUGCUUUCCUCGGCAUCUUCUUCAUUGUCUUUGUCGUCAUGCUGUUCCGCACUCCCCGUCUUGAUGAGGAACAGCUUGAUGAUGACCUUGCUGAAGAGGAGGAGGAAGGCCUUCUUGCCAGUACCGGCCGUCGUUUCGGCGCUACUUGGUCUGAUAUUACCGGGCGUGCGACUGGCGUGAGAAGAGCCGACUAUGGCACUCGUGGAGGCACUUCUGACGAGUGA